GGUAAGAAAUCAGAACUUCGAUUCAGCAUUUUGUAUUUUCAUCAAAAUGUUUCUCUUUUUGUCCCUGCUGCUCACAUUCUCUUUUUUGGGUGUGGGACAGUGUCAGCAAAAUUGCAGUUUCAAUGACCUUGAAAAGGAUAUAAGACAGAACUAUUCUAUAAAAUUGCGUCCAACGAAAAAGGCAGCAAAUCCAACAAAUCUAAACAUAGAUAUACGCUUAUAUGCUAUUGUGAACUUGGAUAUGAGUAUGCAGGCUUUAACCACAUUUCUUUGGUUGAACAUGUAUUGGAAAAAUGAUUAUUUAUCAUGGAAUUCUUCUCAGUAUUGUGGGAUUACGAAACUGCACGUUCCUUACACAGAUUUCUGGAAACCAGACCUUUACAUCUAUGAAAUGAUUGAUGGAAAUUCCAAACCACUAGUAUUUCCCUAUUUUAUGCUUGAAUAUGAUGGUAAAGUAACUGAGGCAAGGCCAUUACGGAUUGUUAGCACCUGCAAAUUAGAUGUUUUCAAGUUCCCUUUUGACACACAGACUUGUAACCUGACUUUUGGUUCUUACGUGUACUUAGAUGCAGAAAUUGUGAUGGGUGAAAUCUAUAAUUCCUCCACUGUGACUCAACGGUCAGAAAAUAUACUUGCAAGCAAAGGAGAAUGGAAACUCUUAAACAUAAUUGUAUUUAACAGGACCAAAUAUUUCAGCAGUGGAGCAACUUUUAGUGAAGUGAGGUUUCGGGUUUCGAUACAGAGAGUUCCUCUAAAAUACGUAAAUAACCUUGUUGUCCCAGCUUUCCUCCUGGUUAUUGCAGAUGUUUUCAGUAUGUUAAUCCGGUCAUAUGAAGACAGACUCGUCUUUAAAAUUUCUGUGGUCUUAGGAUUCUCUGUGCUACUGGUGAUUCUGAAUACUAUCCUCCCUAAUUCUAAAAGUCCACCAAUCUUGGGUAUAUUCUGCUGUGUGUGCAUGGGUAUGAUGAGUUUCAGUACAGCUGGAAGUGUGUUGACCUCCUAUAUUGUGGAGUUAUCUUCUAAAGAUUGUAAUGUCCCAAAAUGGAUGAUUUGUCUUCUAAAGUAUUUGGCACCAGUGGUGCGUGUCAAACCAACAAUUACAAAUAAAGUGGAGACAGUCAUUUCAACAGACAAAGAUUGUUACAAUUCUAAGAAAAGAGAGCUUAAUUUGCAACCAUUUCACAAGAGGAAGAACUGUUCUUCACCGGAAGAAAAAGUUCUAAGGAAGAUACUAGCAGAGAUUGUUAAUAUUCAUAAUGAGUGGAAUAUGUCCAAUACCAAGGAUGAUAAGUGGUCUGAGUGGGAUAUUGCAGCAGCUGUGAUAGAUCGUCUGAUCUUCAUCAUUUAUGCUUUUAUUGUAAUAAUUUUAUUUAUUGUCGUAAUUAUAGCUUGGUCGACAUAAAAACUCUGAAUGAGAUGUAGUUUUAGUCUUCUGCUUAAAAAUCUGGUAUUUUUCAGUAAUAUUUUAUCAAUGCAUUGUUUUUAUUGCUUCAAGAAGACAAAUUAAAUGUGUUCUUCAACACUAGGGCAA